AUGAUCUUUUCGUCUGAAUCGCCGCUUAAGGCGGCCGUUGCAGAGUAUGGCCAGAAGCCCCCAAAGGGGACCCCAGAGUCUGUCCCAGUGCCCAACUCCGAACUACCAGGUCGAAGCAAGAUAUAUAGACACUGGAAAAUUGGCAGCAAGGAGCUCCCCAAGUCUAUCGAUCCAAAGGUUCAUACAGGUCAUGAUAUGUUUGAAUCCGCUGCCUUGUUAUAUCCAAAACGGCCUUGUCUCGGAUACCGCCCUUGGAUCCCCGCCACUAAAAGCUAUGGGCCGUAUGUUUGGAUGGACUAUCAGACUGUCCAGAAGCGACGUGCAGCGAUUGGUGUUGGUCUAGCUGAACUUCAUGAGCGCGUCGGCGUCCAAGGCAGAAAUUAUGGUGUUGGCCUUUGGUGCCAGAAUCGCCCGGAAUGGCAGCUUGUUGACCUGGCUUGUAUGUCGCAAGGCAUAUUCACUGUUUCUCUCUACGAGACUCUUGGGCCGGAAGCUACCGAGUUUAUCGUUCAGAAUACCGAGCUUGUCUCUGUGGCCUGUUCCCUGCCACACGUCCCCACUCUAUUAAAAUUGAAGCCCCGUCUCCCUUCCUUGAAGUUCAUCGUAUGUCUGGAAGACCUUGAUUCCAAUGAGCCACAGGGCCACACGAAGCGUGACAUCCUCAACCCUAUUGCAAAAGAGCUCGGAGUUGCCAUAUAUACUCUCAACGAGGUUGAAGAGCUCGGAGCGUCUCUUAACCGCCCAUAUACCCUGCCUUCGCCCGAUGAUAUUGUUACUAUCAACUAUACCUCUGGAACCACUGGCCUGCCCAAGGGAGUUGUUCUCACCCACGCAAACGCUGUCGCUGCUGCUUCCUGCUCCCUGAGCACCAUUCCACAGGGGCCAGGUGACGUCUCUUGCUCGUACCUCCCACUUGCGCAUAUUUAUGGACGGCUGAUUGAACAAGCUCUCCUCUGGGCUGGUGGUCAAAUUGGCUACUUCCAUGGAAACAUUCUCGAGCUGGUCGAUGACUUCAAGCUCCUGAGACCCACUGUGCUUGCCUCUGUUCCACGACUUUACAGCCGUUUCGGUGGAGCUAUCCGUGCUGCCACUGUCGAACAGCCUGGCUUCAAGGGUGCUUUAUCGAGACAUGUUGUUUCUACCAAGACCGCCAAUCUGGUGGAUGCCAAACCACAAGAUGCCACCUACACGCAUUCCAUCUAUGACAGGAUCUGGACUAAGAAGGUCGCCGCUGGACUCGGAUUUGAUCGUAUGAAAUGUAUGGUCUCUGGCUCUGCACCACUCGAUGGCUCUCUCCACCAGUUCCUUCGAAUUGCAUUUGGCGCCAACAUUGUCCAGGGAUACGGUUUGACUGAGAGUUACGCUAUUGCCACUUGUCAGGCUGGUCAUGACUUGACUUCAGGUCAUUGCGGCUCUGUUUCUAUUGCUCAAGAAGCCUGUCUGCUCUCACUUCCAGAUAUGGACUACUCUGUCGAUGACAAGCCAUACCCACGAGGCGAGCUACUUCUAAGAGGAAACACUAUGUUCCGAGAAUACUUCAAGAACCCCGAAGAAACCGCCAAAGCUAUGACUGAGGAUGGAUGGUUCCGCACCGGAGACGUCUGCCAGGUUGACGAAUUUGGCCGCUUCCACAUCAUUGAUCGCCGAAAGAACUUGCUCAAGCUUGCCCAGGGUGAAUACGUAUCCCCCGAGCGCCUUGAGGGUAUCUACCAGAGCUCUUGCCCAUAUGUCGCCCAAGCGUUUGUCCAUGGUGACGGCGUGCAGUCGCAUCUAGUCGCCAUCCUUGGCGUCCAGCCCGACAUCUUCGCUCCUUUUGCCAGCAAAGUGCUAAAGAAAAACAUUGCCAUGGAAGACACUGAGGCCCUAAAGGCCGCUGCCAGCGAUGAGAAAGUCGUCCUCGCUGUUCUAAGGGAUAUGGAUCAUGCUGCUAGAGCGAACAAGCUUUCCGGCUACGAAAAGGUAAAGAACGUUGCUCUCAUGGUUGAUCCAUUCAGCAUUGAUAACGGCCUUUUGACCCCUACCCUAAAAUUGAAACGUCCUCAAUCCGUCAAGAUGUACCGUGAUGUCUUUGAUAGACUCUAUGCCCAUACCCCCGAUCUCUCAGUAGCCAAGAGAGCUAAGGCUAAGUUGUAA